AUGACGGGUCUGGACCUCGACAAGUGGAUUGAGCAGCUCAUCAACUGCGAGCCGCUGCGGGAGUCGGAGGUCAAGCUCCUGUGCCAAAAGGCCAUGGAGAUUUUGGUGGAGGAGAGCAACGUGCAGCGCGUCGACGCCCCCGUCACGAUAUGCGGCGACAUCCACGGGCAGUUCUACGACCUGGUGGAGCUCUUCAAGGUCGGCGGCGAGUGUCCGGCGACGAACUACGUGUUCAUGGGCGACUUCGUGGACCGCGGGUUCUACUCGGUGGAGUCCUUCCUGCUGCUGCUCUGCCUCAAGGUGCGGUAUCCGGACCGCAUCACGCUGAUCCGGGGCAACCACGAGUCCCGGCAGAUCACCCAGGUGUACGGCUUCUACGACGAGUGUCUGCGGAAGUACGGGAGCGUCAACGUGUGGCGGUACUGCACCGACAUCUUUGACUACCUGUCGCUCUCCGCCCUCGUCGACGACUCCAUCCUCUGCGUGCACGGCGGCCUCUCGCCCGCCAUCAACACCCUCGACCAGGUCAGGGCCAUCGACCGCAAGCAGGAGGUCCCCCACGGGCCGAUGUGCGACCUGCUGUGGAGCGACCCCGAGGACCUGGAGGGGUGGGGUCUGUCGCCGCGCGGGGCGGGGUACCUGUUCGGCGGGGACGUGUGCUCGACGUUCAACCACACGAACAAGAUCAACGUGAUCGCGAGGGCGCACCAGCUGGUGAUGGAGGGCUACAAGUGGAUGUUCAACGAGCAGCUGGUGACUGUGUGGUCGGCGCCAAAUUACUGCUACCGCUGCGGCAACGUCGCCGCCAUCCUCGAGCUGGACGAGCACCUCUCCAAGGCCUUCAAGGUGUUCGACGCAGCCCCACAGGACGUCCUCGGGACUGCGCCGAACCGGAAGACCACCCCGGACUAUUUCCGUACGUGCCCGCGCCGUCCACGCGCUGGUGCCGCGCCGUCACACGUGCCCCCGUGCGUGUGCUGCACGCACGCGCGCCCGCGCCCGCGCCCGUGCCCGUGCCCUCGCUCGCUCACCGUCACCCUCGCCGCCGCUCGAUGCCUCGCAGUUUGA